AAGUAUUCGUACCUUUACGUUUUUCGUAGAAGUCAAGAUGUCGAGCAGAAUCAUAAUGCUGAGUUUUGAUCAAUAUCUUGAUUGUUUGAACCUCAUCGAGAUCUACGUGUGGUCCAAAGAUAGAGACUAAAUUAUAUAAUUCCAUGAUUAUGUUCCUUCAUUAGUUUGCAAGCCUUUUGUGAUGUCUUUGUAAAGGAACAGGAUAGGCAAGCAUACAAAACAUUUCGUGAGAUUCAUAUUCGGUCGAACCUUGGAGGAUUUAAAUAAUUUCGACUGGUUCCUUUAGUGAGUUUGCUGAAUUCCCCAUCAAUUGGAUUUUAAUUGUCGAGCCCAAAGAAUUGAUUAGAUCUUACGAUGAGGCUCCUGGCAGACUUCGCUGUACUCUGAUUGAUAGAGUUGGUUUCUGGAUAGUUUGAUAAAAUUAUUUUAAUAUGUAAUGUUUUCUAAUAGUUCAAUGUACUUAGACGAUCAACUGAACACAUCCAACCGUGUAUAAUAAAUUACAUUUUAUUCUUUAAAAAAAUAUCGUCUACGAUCGUCUAACUGUAGAUAGUAGAAAGCAAGAAAACUUCAAAUGAAUCAGACACAUCUUGAGGGUGGGUAUGGGUACGUUUAUUCUAUCUCAUACACACCAAUACUCUCAAUUUGUUUUGAAAAAUCUGGAAAGAAUGAGUUAAACAUUAACGUCAAAGCACGUAUGUGACAGCAUGAACACGUUAAAAUUAGUAGAAACUGCAAAAAAAUUUAGUAGAAACGGGUAAAUUGAGGAGAAUAAUAGACGCAUUUUAACGAGUUCAUCCAUGCUGAACUCGUUAAUUUGCAUUCAAAUUUCAUUAAAACGAUAUUUUAACAAUUUCUUAUUUGAACUCGUUUUUCUUUGAAGAUGUUGUCUGCCCGAGUAGCAACUGGUAAUGGUCAGUUACUCAAGAUAUAAAUAACUAUAUUUCCUCGUAAAGUGUUUUUAAUGUUCACACUCUCAGGAAUAUUUUCACUUUAGAUAUAAUCAAUGUAAAGUGUUGAAUAUAUCAUUCUGUAGGUAAUUAAGAACAAUGUAUAGUUUGAAAUAUAAGUAAUAUUGAACCUUUUUCUUUUCGAUUUGAUCGAAACAUGAGAGAUUUUUAAGUGUCAGACUGAUAUUCAUUGAUAAUAAUUGUAUUAAAAAAAAGCAUCAUCAUAAAUAUACUGUUUGGGAAAUUCCUAUACGUUUGAUUAUUGAAUUGUCAGUUAGCGCCAUCUAUUAAAUUUUAUUUUUCUAUUGGUUAUACAACUUCAUCCAUUGUCGUCAUACGUACAUUAUAGUUGUCUUUAAACAACCGUAACUCUGCAAGGCAUCAUUGAUUUUUUUAAACAUUCAUAUUAAUGUUGUCUUUUUAUUGAUUAUUGUAAUUUACAAUUUAUUUUUCGUUUUCUUUAGUUCUUAUCAAUGACAUCUUCUCCAUCGCCUUUUUCUAAUAAUAACAAAUUACAAGUCUUACCACAACCAACAACAUUAUUAUUUACUCAAUCAGCUAAUAAUAAUUUAACUAUAAAUAACAUUGGUAAUACAACACAAAAUAUUCGACAAACAAAUAUACAAAAUGGAUCAUUUAUUCAACAACAACAAUUAUCUGGUGGAACAAUAACAACACCUACAAGUAUUGUUCGUCUUAAUCAACCAUUACAAACACAAAAUCAAUAUCAACCUCAUACUGUUUGGACAAAUAAUACUUCACAAUUAUCACCGAAAGUUCAAUAUUCACCAACAAUAAAAAAUGAACCAACGACACCUGGUUUUCAACAACAAUCUUCUAUUUUACCAACUAAAGUUGUUACACAACCAGUUGUUCGACAAACAGUAGUAGCACCACAACAAGCUCCGAAAUUUACUGAUGCUCAAAUAAGUGAUUUCGUUGGAAAAUGUCGAACAUUUCUAACAACAUUACUUAAACUUGCUGAAAAACAAGCACCAGAAAAAUUACCUAUGGUUCGAUCUUGUAUACAAGAUCUUUUAGAAGGAACAAUUGAUCCAGAAUCAUUUACACAACGAUUACAUACACUUUACAAAUCACAACCACAUACAUCACUUGUACCAUUUUUCAAAUUAGCAUUGCCAUAUAUGCGUCAAAUUGUUAAAAAUACUUUUGGUCAACCAAUAACUAUCGAAUUAUUAGAAAAAUUAAAUUUACCAUCGAAUAAAAGCAAUACAAUUGGUAAUAUUUCAACAACACCAACAACGUCUCGUGUUGUUGUAAAUCCAUCACUUUUAAGUCAACAACCAACUUCUGGUGUACAACAACCAUUAUUGUAUACAACAGUACAACCACAACAAAAAAUUAAUCUUUUACAACAAACAUCUCAAUCAUCAUUAAUUGGUUCAACCGCAUCAUUACUUGGACAACAACAACAACAGCAGCAACAAGCUCGAGCACAAAUUAGUAUAACGGGAAUUCGACCAAUUGUUGCAUCAGUUUCUCCAUCUUCGAAUACUAAUCUUCUUACUGGACAACCACAAAUUCAACCAAUUACACAAACAAUUAUUCAACAAUCUGAUUCAUUUUUACAAAGAACAUUUCUAUCACCAUCAACAGCACUUCAACAACCACAGAUUAUCACUGUUAAUCAUCAACCUAUUCGAACAGAUAUAGUUACAGGUCAAAAGACAUCAUUAACUAAUAUCUCUUCUCUUCAACAACAACAACCGCAAAUUCAAUUACAACCAAGAAUAGCACUUAAAAAUGAUGAUGAUACAUCUGAUGAUAUAUUGGGAAAUAGUGGUUUAUUGACUGCAUCAUCUGGAGUUGUCGAUGAUCGUCAUACUCGUCAUAUCACUCAUGAUAAUCGAUUGUUAUCGACAAUGGUUUUACGUCGACGUUUAGAUCAUUUGAUUAAAAAAGAUAAACGAUGGGAAGGUAUUAAUAUGACUUUACAUGAUGAUUCUGUUCUUGCACUUAUUUCAAAUGCAACUGAAGAAAGACUUAAAUGUUUAAUUGAAAGUAUUAAAACAAUUGCACAACAACGAACGGCUCUUUCUUCUCAAACGGAACGUUCUCAGAUGGAAGAACAAAAUAAUAAUGAAACGAUGUUAUCUUUUGGAAAAGGAGAAAAACGUAAAUUUGAAGAAAAUAUCAAUCAAUCUGAACGGAUAUCUUCUAAUCAACCAACAACUAUGUCGAGUUUUAUGAAUAGCAAUAAAAAAUGUAGGUUAGUUAAACGUAAAUGUCAAGCAAAUCUUCGUGAUUUAAUAGUCAUUAUGGAAAGAGAUAAACAUCUUAAACGAUCAUCACUUCUUUUCAACGCUCUUGAUAAAGCAUCUUAA